AGAUUAAUUUGCGAUCCGUGAUAAUAUGCCAGUGACUCACUAAUAUCUGGUAGACAUCAUAGUAAGAAGAUAUAAUGGAGGCAAAGAAACGAGGAACGUAAAAUAUGCCUGAAAAUGGACAUUAAUCAUAUAAUACUGGACAAAGAAGCAAUUAACCGAUUUGAGCAAUAUACACCGGCCAAACCGGCUCUUAAUGGGGGGAUCCUACUGGAAACAUGCCAAGACGUGGAUUCGAUGGCUUCAACUAGCAAAAAACGAGCACAAACACCACGCCAAAAAGUUAUUUGCUGCUUUUGUUUUAAAACCACAAAGUAUAGACGAAAACAGUUUAUUAUUGGAUCUCUCACCAACAUGGUAAUAUUUUUUAUUUUAUUGGCGUACACUUUCUUAGGAUCAAUUAUAUUUUUAACGAUCGAAGGCGAAACAGAUAUAACAGCACGACCCAGGUUAUUACCCGAUAAACAAAAGAUCAGUCAAAACGAUCACAAUAAUACGAAUAAAAAAGAAGUUGAGGAAAUUGAUCCAGAUUAUACCAACCUUACGGUUUCUGCAAAUUAUUUUUGGGACGCGAGAAGUAAAGCAGUAGAAAACAUUUGGGAGAUCACAGUGUCAUUAAACAUUUUAUACAGAGAAAAUUGGACUCGUCUUGCUGCGCAGGAAAUAUUGAAAUUUCAAAAUGAGUUGAUUCAAAGAGUAACAACUGAAAUGGCUACUCAAUACGGAGUCAGUUAUAAAGAAUUGGCUCUCGGAGAAUUUGGCAGCGGUGACAGUAACAAUCAUUACGAAGAACAUGAAUGGAAUUUGGCACUUGCGUUUUUCUACUCGUUAACAGUCCUAACCACAAUUGGUUACGGUAACAUCGCACCGAAGACAAUUCUUGGGAAAGGAGCAACAAUUGUAUAUGCAAUCAUCGGAAUUCCCCUUACUUUAGUAUAUCUCUCAAGUGUUGGCUCCCUUUUAUCUAAAAUGGCACGAAGCGUUUUUAGUCGAGCAUUAUGUUGCUGCUUAUGUUCCAAUUGUGGAUACUGUUGUUAUGACGAACGACGUAUGGCUGAAAAGGAGAGAAGAAUGAAGCUACGACGACAACAAGAAGAAAUGUUAAACAGUCAAAACACGAGCAAAACACCAACAGAAGAAUGUUACGUUUUAAAAACUGAUAGUCACAAAGAUUCCUCUUGUUCAGAACGACCGACUACAAGUACUGCCAAAGAUGAUGUUAUUAGUUGGCCUGAUACAGAUUCCAAACUUUCUAUGCACGGCUUAAGUAUUUUAGCACCAGUUUUAUUAUGUCUUGCUGCAAUUUUUAUAUACAUUACAUUGGGUGCAAUUAUUCUUUAUAAACUAGAUAAUAUGAGUAUCGUUGACGGAUUUUAUUUUUGUUUCAUGGCACUAAGUACUAUUGGAUUCGGUAGUAUAAUUCCUGGCAUGAGCUAUACGACAAUUCACGGUGUAAGAUAUUACACGAUUAAUUCUACAACACUAUGGUUUUGUUCAGUGUACACAUUGACAGGAUUAGCUUUAACUGCAAUGUGCUUUGGUGUUAUACAUGAUGAAAUUAUAUACAGAAUCAAACAUCAACAAAAGGAAUGGUCACAGAAAAAUAACACUGUAAAUGAUGAGGUAAACAUAAACGAUCCAUUUUAUAUGAGCUCUUGA